ACGACUGUCCUCCUUUAUGGGCUUUUGUCGCUCACGCAAUCCACCCAUCGAACAGUCAAAACUCUUCUCUUGAUCCGAGAACCUGUUUGUUAAAAAAAAUGGGGAAAAAAAGAGACUGACAUGAAUUGUAAAUUUGUUUACAUAUAGUUGGUCGAUCAGGAGGGACUACUGGUGGAAGUUGCUGCAUUGAGAAUCUACUUCGUUUUAAUUGUUCGGUUCUUUCGCUAUCGGCCAUGGAAACUCGCCGCGAUGCUGAUGCAAGCUCACAUUUGAGUUUCUUUGCUGCCUUAUCGUAUGGGAUUGCUUCCAUGGCAAUGGUUUUCAUCAAUAAAGCAAUUCUUAUGCAGUACGCACAUUCUAUGACCCUCCUCACUUUACAGCAAUUGGCAACAGUAUUGCUCAUACACUUUGGUCGACAAAUGGGAUACUCGAAGGCUAAAAGAAUUGACAUGCCAACCGCUAAAAAACUACUCCCAGUUUCCCUAUUCUACAAUGCCAAUGUGGCAUUUGCUUUGGCAAGCUUGAAAGGAGUUAAUAUACCCAUGUAUAUUGCGAUAAAGAGACUCACCCCACUUGCUGUACUGAUUGCUGGUUUUUUCACAGGAAAGGGGAAACCUACAACACAGGUAACUCUAUCAGUACUAAUGACUGCUGGUGGGGUUAUUAUAGCGGCACUUGGAGAUUUUUCCUUUGACCUAUUUGGAUAUACGAUGGCCCUUACUUCAGUUUUUUUCCAGACCAUGUACCUUGUGUUGGUGGAGAAGUCUGGUGUGGAGGAUGGGCUCUCUUCAGUUGAAAUAAUGUUCUAUAACAGCUUUUUGUCUCUUCCAGUUCUGAUAUUUCUCAUCAUAGCAACAGGAGAGUUUCCAAAUUCUGUAUCAUUAUUAUUUGCAAAGAGUAAUUCCUUAUCAUUUUUGUUUAUCCUUAUAAUUUCCUUGGUGAUGGGCAUUGUUCUCAACUUCACCAUGUUCUUAUGUACCAUAGUCAACUCCGCCCUAACGACAACCAUCGUUGGGGUCCUCAAAGGUGUUGGAUCCACGACCCUUGGAUUUGUCUUACUUGGUGGUGUGCAAGUGCAUGCUUUGAAUGUGACCGGACUGGUAAUCAACACAGCUGGUGGUGUGUGGUAUUCGUUUGCCAAAUAUCAACAGAAGAAGAGCAAACAACCAAAAGUAAUUGCAGAUAUAGAAGCUCAUCGUAAAUAAACUGACAUUGGAGGAUAGCAGAAAAGGAGAGCUGGCCAUGGGCGGGAGAAAUGUCUUGCUCAUGAGCAGCAUAUGAAAGGAAGUAAUGGAUACAUAGAUUUUGUUUAUGUGGUUCAAUGAGUGUUGUAAUGGGAAUGACAUUCACUAUAAGAUUAAUGUGGGUACUGGAAGUAGAGAGCCUUAUUCCAUCAAAUCCUAUGGAGUGAACACUGUUGAAGAAAAUGAAGAAGAAGUCUUAUAUGGACCAAUGAAGCCCAAGCUGUGUCUAAUGACUGGAUCAGCAGUCAUCAUGAACACUCGCAUCUGAAUGGGGAGGGGAAACUUUGACACUAUUGACUUGAGUUUGUACUUUGUAGUAGUAAAAAUAAAGUGAAAGAAGUCCACAUCACAAUCACUUUUAUAGCUUUCCAAAUAUGAAACCCAACCGACACAAAGACUGGCUUUGCUUGAAGGCAUCUUAUGUAUGGUAGACUUAAGUCCCAAGUAGGGCAUGCCUUGCGUGGGUAGUUGUCUUGUUCGAUUCCACAUCUCUCUUCCUCAAUCUUUCUUCCACUUUAUUUAUUACUGCUGCUAAUGAAUAAUAAUCCAUAGGUUGGUCAAAAGAAGUUGAGAUA